UUUUUUUUUUUUCCUCUUUAGGCGAUGGGUUUCGGUAAUUUAAUCAGGCUUAUUUUUUUUUCAUCUUUAGGCGAGCAAGUAAAGUAACGUAACGUAAGACAUUGCUGGAUUAUUACCCUAGGCUAGCUAACACCACCCCACAAAUUUAGGGUUUUAGUCAAGAUCUCAAACCAAUCCACCACCUUCACAAAUGGGGAAGAAACCCAAAGAAUCCAAACCAGAAACCCCCAAUUCUCCACCUUCAAACAGCAUAUUCAAAACCCUUUUCGGCAUCACCAACAUUCAAGAACCAAACGACCCAUCCUCUGUUUCAAUCUUCUCAGAUUCCAACCCCUUUCGAACCAAACCCACCAACGAAUCUCAAAAACUCCAACAAAUUCUUCAAUUAGACAUCGAUAGCCCCCAAAAAAACCACACCCAGAUCCCCAAUUCACCCAAUAAACUAUUAAGCAAACGAAAAAGAAAAGACAAACAAAAGAUUGAUCAAGAUGAUUCAGACAUCGAAUCGGAAGUCAAGAAAUCAAAAUUGGAAAACGCUGUCGUUUCAGAAAGAUUAAAAAGGUUGGUAAUUGAUGAGGAAGAUGAUAACAAGCGGAAGAAGAAGAAGAGGAAGAGGGCAGAUGUUGAAGCAGAGUAUGAGGAAAGAAAGUAUGGAGGGGUGGAUUUGGAAUUAGUUAAAGAUGAGGGGGUGAAAGGGAAAAUUGGGGGGAAGAGGAAGGAGGUGGAUAAAGAAGAGCUUGUUGCUAAAGAAGGGUUUGAUGAUGAAGAAAAGCUGUUGAGAACUGUGUUUGUUGGGAAUUUGCCUUUGAAGGUGAAGAAGAAGGCGUUGUUGAAGGAGUUUGAUCGGUUCGGGGAGAUCGAGUCAGUUAGGAUUCGGUCUGUUCCUAUAUUAGAUGACAAGACACCGAGGAAGGGUGCUAUUAUCAAGAAGCAGAUCAAUGAUGCUGUUGACAGGGUUAAUGCGUACAUAGUUUUUAAGACGGAGGAUUCUGCCCAAGCUUCUUUGUCACAUAACAUGGCAGUUGUGGGCGGAAAUCAUAUACAUGUAGACAGAGCUUGUCCACCUCGCAAGAAAUUUAAGGGAGAAAAUGCUCCUCUUUAUGACACCAAAAGGACUGUUUUUAUCGGUAAUCUUCCAUUUGAUGUCAAGGACGAAGAACUUUAUCAGUUGUUUACCGGUUUUAGUAAUUUGAAAGACUGCAUCGAGGCAAUUCGAGUCGUUAGAGAUCCCGGUACGAGCAUGGGAAAGGGUAUUGCGUAUGUCUUGUUUACAACAAGGGAUGCAGCAAAUACGGUUGUUAGAAAACACAAACUGAAGAUUCGGGACAGGGAGUUAAGGUUAUCUCAUGCCACGAAAACAAACUCGAACUCAACACCUUCUAAACGGAAGGAACCAUCAACCCCCGACAAUUACGGUUCUUCUAAGAAGGCGGCUGCAAGCGGCAGCACCUCGUACCAGGGAAUCCGUGCCACCAAAUCCGGCGGCCAGAAGAAGUUUGCUACGAGAGUAGCUAAACCUGGCAGGAGUGAAUCAGGAAGUGAAAAAACAGUGAAGCGAAAAGUGCGGUCAGAAAAAAGGCCUGCGGUUGCUGCUAGAAAGGCGGCAGCAAACGCAGCUAGAACUGGCGGUGAUGGCGGCAGUGGAGGUGUGAAACGCAAGCCGGAAAACCGUACACCUCAGAGUAGUAGUCGAAACAAGAAACCUAGGAGGUUUAGAUAGGUCUGUUUGUUGGUGUAUGGUAAUAUGUUAUAGCGCGUAUAAACUUUGUUUGGAUUGCCUUAUUGCUUGUUUUAAAAGAUUUAAUAGGCUUAGGUUCAAAGACUUGUUUUAGUAUAUUCCGGUUGUGUUCAAAUCGGGCCAAAAAA